AUGAAGAUUCAUCUCUUUUUCUUUAUUCUGCUCUUUUGGGUCACAGUUUUACCAGCCAAAAAGAAAUAUCCCCAAUAUGGUAGCUUGGAUUUGAGGAGAGAGUGCAGAAAGGGUAAUGGCCGAUGUAGAGUUGAGUGCCAUGAAAGUGAAAUUAGGAUUGCUUUCUGCAUACGACCUGGAACUCAUUGCUGCUUGCAGAAGUAA